GAGAUCUGUCCCCAUGGAAACGAGAGGCCGUGCCGCCGUGACGCCGCCGGUGCCGCAUCGUGACGCGCCGCUGCUCGGCGGGACCCUCGGGAGCCGCUUUCCCCGCUCACAACCACCUCUGUUUCCUCUGAGAGGCGGCGGGACGCAAGAUGAAGUGGCGAUCUCUCUUGCCUCGGCAAUGUAUUUUGCUGAUACCAUUUCUCCUAAUGGCUUUGGAAGCAGUACCUAUAGACAUAGAUAAGACAAAAGUCAAAGGAGAAGGUCACGUAGAAGGAGAGAAGAUAGAAAAUCCGGAUACAGGGCUUUAUUAUGAUGAAUAUCUCAGGCAAGUAAUUGAUGUCUUGGAAACAGAUAAGCAUUUCAGGGAGAAACUCCAGACUGCAGACAUAGAAGAAAUAAAGAGUGGAAAGCUAAGCAGAGAGCUUGACUUAGUAAGCCACCAUGUGAGAACACGGCUGGAUGAACUCAAACGACAAGAGGUGGCAAGAUUAAGAAUGUUAAUUAAAGCCAAAAUGGAUUCUGUUCAAGAUACUGGCAUAGACCAUCAGGCUCUCCUUAAACAGUUUGAGCACCUGAACCAUCAGAAUCCUGACACGUUUGAGCCGAAGGACUUAGAUAUGUUGAUCAAAGCGGCUACAAGUGACCUGGAGAAUUACGAUAAAACCCGCCAUGAGGAAUUUAAGAAAUACGAAAUGAUGAAAGAACAUGAGAGAAGAGAGUAUUUAAAAACAUUGGAUGAAGAAAAGAGGCAGCGUGAAGAAUCCAAAUUUGAAGAGAUGAAAAAGAAACAUGGAGAUCACCCUAAAGUUCACCAUCCUGGAAGCAAAGAUCAAUUGAAAGAGGUGUGGGAAGAAGCAGAUGGGCUAGAUCCAAAUGAGUUUGACCCCAAAACAUUCUUCAAAUUACAUGAUGUCAAUAAUGAUCAUUUCCUGGAUGAGCAAGAAUUGGAAGCCCUAUUUACAAAAGAGCUAGAAAAAGUAUAUGACCCAAAAAAUGAAGAGGAUGACAUGGUUGAAAUGGAAGAAGAGAGGCUGAGAAUGAGAGAACAUGUAAUGAAUGAGGUUGACAUCAACAAGGACAGACUAGUAACUUUGGAAGAGUUCCUGCGAGCUACAGAAAAAAAAGAAUUUUUGGAGCCAGAUAGUUGGGAGACGCUAGAUCAACAGCAGCUCUUCACUGAGGAUGAACUGAAGGAAUUUGAAAGUCAUAUUUCUCAGCAGGAAGAUGAGCUCAGAAAGAAGGCAGAAGAACUUCAGAAACAGAAGGAAGAGCUACAGAGGCAGCAUGACCAGCUUCAGGCUCAGAAACAAGAGCUUCAGCAGGUUGUAAAACAGAUGGAACAAAAGAAACUACAACAAGCAAAUCCACCUGCAGGACCAGCUGGAGAACUGAAAUUCCAGCCCCCUGGCGAGCACAAAAUUGAAGAAGCACCAAAACAACCUGCAGGAGGUGAUCAGCCUCUACCACCAGGACACAUCCAAGAACCAGCUGCUGGAACUGAUCAAGUUCACCCUUAGCCACUUGUGCCUCAACUUUAUAGCAUCUUUAUUAUUUUGGGGGGAGGGUAAAAGGCAGAAAAGGGAGAGGGACAAAAAAAAACAAAAAACAAACAACAAAAAGGGUAAUGAACUCUCCACUUUCUUUCCCAGAUUGUAAAAAUCACUGGGAGCAUUAGAGAUUAAAUAUCAAUCAGGCUUGAAUCAUAAAUUAAUUUUCUCUCCAAUACAUCAGUAAGAAAGGCAACAGGAGGAUCAUUUAGCAGCUAUAAUGGAGGAAAAAUAUUAAGGAAACUUAUUAUUAAAGGUUUUUAUGGCCAAGGGACUUAGCUCUUGGACUCUUCUCCUAUAAAAAGAGGGAGAUGACUGCCAUUGUGUGUUUAGGCACAAAUUGCAAGCUUUUCAGAGAAGAAGCAAUGAACUGGCCUGAAUAUCAAGUUAGAUCUUGUUUUAUGUAGAAACUCUUUCCAGAAAUGCUGAGAAGCAAAGUACAGGGAAAUAGACCAUAGAUAAAGGCCUACCAUUUCCAGUACUACCAACCACUUUCUUCUUCUGAGACCAAAUAAAAAUGAAAAUUCUUACGCUUAACUUUUAGAAAAUUUGCACUUUCUAAAAUUUAGCCACCACAAACAAUUGCAUGGAAUAGUGAAUACUUUUCAUGUUUACAGAAGCCUAAGAAUUUCACUAUGAGCCUUCAGAAGGAAUACUGUACUUCUAGUGGAUUGGUCUGAACCGUCCUUGUUAAGAUUAAUUCUGUGUAGAUGUUGGCUCACUCAUUUGGCUCCAGGGAUAGUACUUUUGUCCCUGUUUCUUUCAUCAGGUGCCAAGUGAUCUCAAAAUUUUGCAUGCAGUUAAAUAAGCUUUUUAUGUUGAUGGAAAUGUUGUACAAAACAGAACAAGGCUCACUGUCUUUUUCUGUACAGAUUUUCCUACCUCUUGCGGUAAAACCAGAUUUUUUCAAAAUGCACCAUGUGAUUCUGAAAGCUCUUCUCAGACAUGAAUCUUUGACUUGUUAAGAGUCUCACUGUUAAUACACAUUUGUCUUUCAGCAGUUAGUUGAUGUAGGCAUAUGAAAUAUCUAAAACAAGGGUGCUACUUGAUUGUAUUAUUUUGGAAUAGAACCAGGAUAGCUCUCUCAUACUGUAAGCCAAGAUUUUUAAAAACCAAACAAAAAAACAACAAAACAAAAACUGAGCAGCAAAAGUUGUCUUUCCUGUGGGUUUUGCUAUAACGUCAAAAAGCUGUGUGAUUGUCCUUGCUUCUCAUCCACUUCAGACUGAGCGUAAACCCUCUUUCUAGCUUUGUGUUUGUUUGUUUGUUGCUGUUAAGAAGAAAUAUGGAUUGCUCUGAUUGUAUAACAUUGGCUCUGAACUGAUAUACACGCACCUUGGCAUGCAUCCUUUGUAUUUUCUUCCACUUCUGUGGCUAACUGCAUUGUCAUUCAAAGAGAUCAUUUGGGUUUUGAGCAAAGAAACAGGCAGGCCUCUCCUACCAAAAGAUGUUUCUUACAGGAUAAUACUCAAAUAUUUUAGGCAAACUCAAAGACCUUUGGCAGUUACUAAUGUUUUGUAUUGAUAUUUGAUAUUUAAGUCUCUCACUAAAGUAUUCUGAUUGAUAGAGGCUGGUCAUAUUCCUUACAUGCUUAAUGCUUCUUUCAGAUGAAUUGAGCAUAUUCACAUUCUUCACACAAUGUAACAAAACUCAUUGCUGGAAUAGAUUAGGUUUCUUUAUCUGUUUCAUCUUGUUAAUUGUGAUGUCACAUUUCAUUCAUUUAUACCACUCCAGCAAUUAGAUUUACUUUGUUGUUGUUCUCUCUCCAAGUUAUUAGUAUCUUAAUAUGUUUCUAAAAUUAGUUUCAAAAGCCACUGUUUGUUACUUCCAUGUAAUUCUAACAUCAGUUUAUGUCUUUGUCAGGAGGCUGAAGCUUAUUUCUACAACUUUUUGCUAAGAGAACUAGACGUAGUUACAGCUACAAGCAGAGUAACAUCAUUUCCCAGUGCAGAGUCUUGGCUUUAGGGCUGUAAGCAUGAUAAUCAGGAGCAGAGUGAGGAAAGAGGAAAACAAAGGUGAGUUAUUCUAACACCACAGAAAAGAGGAGGGGACAUUUUUCCUUCUCCUUGUACCACAUGAAAUUUUGCAAAGAAAGAAUGAUACAGCUGGAGAUGUUUCCAGAGAAUCAAGGACUGAAACCUUUAAUCUGAAUGCAUUUCUACCAUACAAAUCAUUCUUCCUUCCUAUCUGCCUCAUCACAAAUGUUAUUAUAGGUAGUAUAGUAUAUGCUCUCAAGCACUUGCCACAGCUCAAGCUUUGUUUUCAUUGCAAAGUUAACAAGAGUUCCCAAUUUUACAUUUCAACUAACUUGAGCCACAUUCGGCAUAAAACAAUGCGUAUCUUUCCUCAACUGCUGUCUGAUACUGAAAUGUUCUUGUCAGUGUUAAUUUUAGUGAUAGGUUUGCAUUUUAACAAUAUACUUAGGUUCACUUCUUAGAGGUAAAAACAGGCAAUUUUCUAAAUUCUAGAAUUACUGAUCAGAUUUCUCUCUUAACAGUAAUGUAAGUUGUAGUCCAGCUGUCAGAUGUUUGUGCUGAAUUGUGAGGAAGUCAAUGCCUUAGUUCACAGUAACAUUUAAGUUAUUUAACUCCUACUGAGCAGACCCUAACUUUACUGCCUAAAAGUUUUUGAGACAAAUUAGAGAUUCAUACUCAUCUGUCCAAUUCAGAAUCUCAUACGAGUCAUUAUCUGUUCCACAUGUCUGCAUAGAGAGGCCUAAAUGGGUAUUUUCCUGGAAGAUGGGCAGUCAGGUCCAGUCUCAACAAACAGCAAACAGUCCUGACCUGAUGCUGUCCAUCUUGUCAUCCUUUAUGGAAAGGACUUUAUUCUUCAGACCCAAGCUAAUGAGGUCUCAAUCUGAGCAUAAUCUAGUCCAAUUAUUUUUGAGGAUUAAUUCUGAGAUAAACGUGAUCUCACUGUAAGGAAUAUCUGCCAUAGAUGUUAUGCAACAUGCUAAAGUCACACCUACACAUGGAACAUGUAACUGGUUUAACCCUUCUUUAACACAGCUUUUUUUCAAUAAUGACAUCUUUCAUUAGGUUCUCUCUUCCACAACAGAGACUGAAAGUAUUACAUUAUCCACUCACUGCCUGUUUUCUUCUAUGGUAUGGAUUUCUCAGGAGCUUUUUAAAAGAUUAAAAAAAAACUUGCAGCUAUGUCAGGAAAUAGAACUCUAUAAUUGAAGUUAAACAAGGGACUGGAAUAUCAUGGGCACCAGGACUUUGACCUGUACUCUGCUUUUCCUUUAGGAGGUGAUUUACAGGAAAAUUGAAUGUAACCUCAUAGAGGCAUCAAUUCCAAGACAAAGAUACAGAUGUUUUGUUUUGUACUUGGCUGGGAUUUCAGUAGGAGGAUGAAGGGGUAAGAUUUGGUCAGUGGUGUAUAAAUUUUUAUCUUCCAGUGCAAUAUAUGUAAGAAAAAAAGGCCCAGUCCAUAGUUUGUAUUGAUUAGUUUUUAACUGGAUUAAACUGAAUCUCAGUGCA